CCUUACUUCCGGCCGCCGUAACUCUGCACUUGAAAAUCGAGUGAGAGGAGCGUGUGACGGAGAAGUGUGAUAACUGCAUUAAGUGUGACACUCCGGACCGAGAUUAAGCCAAAUCGGGAUUAUUUGGAUCUUCGGACGCUAUUUUGGUUUCCAGUUUUCCACAACAACGCUAACUGACAGCCAGACUGCAUCUGGCAGGGCGUUUUAAAGAGUUUUUUGCGCGGCGGUAAAGGGGUGUGAGAGGGAAUGGCAGCUCCGCGGCCCAUUAAAGGCAUUUUAAAAAAUAAAACCACCACCAAACCGUGUAGUGAAGUUCCACUGGAGAGCACUGAGCCCACAGGAUCCGGCUUUACCGAGGAUGAUCAACAGAAGAAGUCACAGAAAUGGGACGAGAUGAACAUCCUGGCCACAUAUCACCCAGCUGAUAAAGACUACGGUCUGAUGAAGAUCGAUGAGCCGAGUACGCCAUAUAACCGGAUGGUAGGUGAAGAUGAUGAUGAUGAAGUGCACAGCGAUUCAGAAAGUAACGCAGCCCUCACUGUGGACGACCUCACCAAGAAACUGGCAGCAGCUGAAGGUUCAGGUCCUCGCUGUAUGAGGGAGGAAGAGGAAGAGGAGGAGAGCAGUGAGGAGGAAGAGCAGCUCAGUCCGGAAGAACAGGCCAAAAAGAAGCAGUUUGAGAUGAUGAGGAAGAUGCACUAUAAUGAAGGACUUAACAUUAAACUGGCCAGACAGCUGAUCGCCAGAGAGCUUGAGGAGGAGGAGGAUGAAGAGGGGGAUGAGGAGAUGAAGGACGAUACAGAGACAGAGGACAUUAAUGUAGACCCUCCUCAAGAUGCAGAUUCGCUGGAGUCGUAGGCGAGGACGUAGUGCUUUGGGAAGAGUCUCUGAGGCUGUGAUUGAGGACGCGCUGCUCCCUGAUGUUCCUUUUGUAUUCAACACGCACUGCAAUGCAAAACCACACCGACCCGCCGGCUGCUCCGUCUGUUGCCAAGAGUGUGUCGUGUUACUUUUGUCUCGCAAGAAGCAAAGGCCUAAAGACUGUUAUCAGAGAGGCAAAUUCAUCAGCGAUAACCACGCCACUGCAUUUUAUUUUUAAAUUUAACAUGCAGCCAAAAAAGCUGCAGUGUUAGUACAAGCAAAUAAAGCCCCACAUAUACCUGCUACUGUUUUUGCCUAUAGAUGCCGUACUCGGUAUUUUUCCGUGUUUAGUCGGCAUCUGUACAAGUUACUCAGCCUUAUAUUAAUGUUUUUAAUCAUUAAUAAUUCAGUUUAAAUUUGGAUUGACAUGGACUGUCUACUCAAGUGAAUUUUUCCCUCCAAUCAAAUGUCACUGCAAACACAAGCAGAAGCUUUGCUCUCCAUGUAAAAACAUAGCUUUGAGUCUUAAAAAUAUUCGGUUGUCAGACACCUUAAUAAGUCUUUUGAAAAAGCAACACCUAAAAGUACAUUUAUAUUUACUAACCUGCUAACAGCAGAAACCCACAGCACGCUACAUAGACGUGGUUUGAGCCAGCGUGGGUGUUUCGUUGGCGUUUAUACACUCUUUGUUUUUUUUUUAAGGUUGUAAUCCUUUGUGGCACUGCUGUCAUCACUUAUAUUUAAUCACUUGUGAAACAGCAUCAAAUAUGGAGUCAUUUUUGUGCCAAACGUAUUAAAGCAACAAUCCAAAAUGUCCACUUUUUACCUCAGAUGUUUGACAUCUGAAGUUUUUUCUAAUAAUAAUUAGCUAGCAAGAAAUUAAAACGUGUAGCUAACAGGUCAACAAUUUCUGCAAGCAUAGAGAAAGAAUGAGAAGUUAAAAUUUUCUUUUUAUUCCAAAACUUUACCUUUCUCUUUUUUUUUUUUUUUUUUUUUUCUUUUCUUUUUUUUUUUAAAUUGUUGAAUUUAUUUUUUUAUUAUUUUUUUUUUUGAAUAGAUCUGCUUACAGAAAAAGCCUCAGAUUUCGGUUCACGCCAGAUCUAGAUGAUCUGUAACCCCGUCAAUCUGCCAGUCCUAGAAGUGUGGGCCAAUAGAUAACAAGAGCUCAGGCCUUGACUUUUUCUAACAUUCUACUACGUUAUUGUUUCUAUGGCAAAAGCUCAUUCAUAGGGACGUGUAUGGUGGAUUCUCCACACAAACGGUUUUAAAAGCGUGUGUAAUCUCUGAUACGAUGAAGUUUUCUGUAAGGAGACAUUCAUUUAACAUUUAUGGAAGGAGUCUCCAGUGUCAGCGUUUUGUAACAGUCUGAGGUAAAGCUGUAACUUUAAGUUUUCGGGACAGAGGAAUUUAUACUUUGUGGUUCCUCAGUAACAUAACAAGCUGCCGGGUUUUUUUUUGGUCUUAUUAACUUUAAAAGAGAGAAAAGGGAGGCUGGUGAGGAAACAGGUGAGCCAAAGUUGAAAUUUAUGUCCCACAACAUUGAAUGUAACUAUGAACUGAUAAAAGUUAUGAUAAGACAUUCUUUAAUAAAUAAAAAUUGUGAUUGUUGGCAAAUUGCUGUGGUAUAAGAGGAAACAAACACUUGGGGAUGUGUUAAAAAAAGAAGAAUGAAUGUAAAAAAAAAAAAAAACUUUCGGAGUAUGUAUAGAUUUCAAUACUAAAUAUUUUUGGCACUAACAUGACUCCAUAAUGGACCUUUGGCUGUUUAUAUAAAAAGGUUGCUAAUGAGGACAGCUUUUUACGGCUUGAAAUGAAAGGAAGAGCCGGAAAUGACAUGUACAUGAAAUCCUUUCCUUCGUCAGGUUUGGCCUCUGAGCUAAAGUUUGCUGCUUGUUCUUUAGUAAUGUAAACUUACAGCCCCCCCUUUAGCAUUGUGCAGCCUGCAUGCCUGUAGAGGGGAUUUUGUGUACACUUCAUUUUUGACGAAAGCAUCACUUUAAAGCUUGUGAGUUAUUUGAUGGCUACUGUACGCACAGCUAAUGAAUUUUGCUCUCUGUUACUUGAGAGCUAAUGACAUACAACUGUGCCUGAUGUUAUUAAUUAAACGUUUCAUAACAUAUUGGUAAGUAAAACUGCAUAAACUACUGAAGUUGAAAGGGAGUUGUUAAGGGGUUGAAAUCCUAGAGAGAUUUGGCUGUGUCCCAAAUGCUAGUUGAGUGUCUUUGUGAAAUGAAUGUGUGAUUUGGGACGCUGUAUGAAGAGCUAACCAGCCUACUAGUUAGCAUGAAUGCUCAAACACACCAAGAAGUCUGUUCUUGUGUGUGUGUGUGUGUGUGUGUGUGUGUGCGCGUGUGUUUUAACUGACACUAGCAUUUGGGACGUAGCCGCUUUAUCUUUCAUGUUUUGCCAAUCCUGUUGUUUUGUUUGUGUUUUUUCCUUCAUAUUUCACACAUGGACUGGUUUUAUUUUUUCAAAGUAACACCAUUUCUCCUUUGCAAUUCCACUACAGCAGGUUUUCACUUUUUCUUGCGCUUUAGUCUUAAAUUUGUGUGUACUGAUAUUAAUUUAUUAUUAUUAUUAUUAUUAUUAUUAUCAUCUCUUAAUUAUUAUUAUUAUCUCUUAAUUAUCCUCUCCUGGGUUCUGAUGUUAUAUUGGUGCCAAGUGCCACAGCCUGCUCUCUAAACUAGCAUUCACAGCUACCUAGCUCCCUAAAGCCUGACGGAAUAAAACACAUCCACUACAGUGCAGAUACCCUGUGCUGCUACAGCCACUCCCCCUGCUGGAGAAGUGAGGGAGUGACAUAGUGAGGGUGGGACAGAGAGAAACAUUGAGGAAAUCAGUAUGUCAGUGAAGGAACAAAUAAGUGAAUGAUGGAGGGAAAGAAGGAGCAUGAGAAAGUUGAAGGAGGGAAUGGUUUAAGGAGUGAGUGUAUAAAGGAGGGAAUGAAUGAAAGAGUAAACGAGUGAUUCCUGGAAGGAGGGAGGGAGAUAAAUGAAUGAAUGAAUGACUGACUGAAUCUCUGAGGAUGCCUUCAAAUGUGUCUAAAAUAAGGACCUGUAGGAGACAGUGUUUCUCAAACCGACUUGAAUGAGACAGACUUUAUAUUAAGAGCAUGUAAAUGUCGCACCCCAUCUCUUUCCAUCCUGCCCCCUUCCAGACCUCCUCCUUCCUUCCCUCCCCCUCAAACACCACUUCUUUUCUAAACCCACCCUUUCCAAAACCUCCUCAUUCCUUUACUCCAGGUGUAGUCAGAUGGAGAGUCUUGUUUAAUAUCUGAAGUUUACUUCUUUAGUUUUGGCCCUACAAUGUUGCUAAUAAGUAACGGAAGUCAGUGUCAACCAAAACCAUGCACAAUACUUCAACCUGUAGCUGAAUUCUGCAGUGUUUAUUUACGAUGGCUGCCAUCUUGGACAGUUGAAGUUUGGUAUUGCUCUGCCCACUGAGGCCUCGCCUCCCAGAGUCUCAAGCAGUAAAAGUGAAGUGGUCAACUUUGACCUUUUGUAAAUACUACACUAUACACUCUCACUGCAUUUACACUGCUUUUACACUUUUUAUUUGCUUGUUAUAUAUGAAAAUUAUUGUGGAGGUUAACUAUGUCAGUUAGGGUGUUUAUUUACAGAAAACAUUUUGGGUGGCUUCCAUUACCUGUUAGCUUCAUGAGCCUCGUUGCUCCAGUGCAGGAUUAAAGACCCAAACUUUAGACACUGAACAUCAAACACAUCUUGGAUGAUCGUAGACAUUUCAUAUUUGUCUGAACUGCUCCUCAAGUAUUGGCACCCAGUUUUUAAAUGCAGCAUGUAAUUUUUUUGCCUUUCGGUAACGCUGUAAACACUCAUUGUUGCAGUGUGUGUGUGAGUGUGAGAGAGAGAGAGCGACAGCAAGAAAGAGCUAGAACAAUCUUUAGUGUUGACAGUAUUGUUGUGAGACACAAAACCAACAUAUUAGAUGCAUAAUACAUACUAAAAAAGCACAUUUAUAAACUUAAGAUCACAAAAAAAAAGUGCUGGACGCUUGAACAGACUCAGUUAAAUCGGAAUUUCUUUAUGAAGUGUUCAGUUUAUCUUUUACUUUUUUCUGUCCUGAAUCUCUCUGUGGGAAGAAAAAAAUCUAAACAAAGUUUUUGCAUUACACCUGAUUUCUAAGGGCAUGGGUGUGUGUGUAUGUGUGUGUGUGAGAGGAAUAAAAUUGGGUGUAAAUUCCUGUGUAAAUCUGUAAAUGCUCAUAUCCAUGCUCUAUAUUUUUAAGCUCUGUCCAUUGGUUGCCUUUUAUCUUUUUUCUUUCUCUUUUUUCCCCCCUUUAACAUUGUUUUCUCCUGAGAAUGAAAAGCAGAUUUGCAUCAUUUUUUAUGAAGUGUGACUGCACGUCCUUCACCAUGACAAGGUGUAGAUUAUUUGUCAUUAAUAAAAGAUGUUGAUAUGA